CAGCAGCAGCAGAAUAAAGCGACGCAACAGCAGCAAAAGCAGCAACAGCAGCAACAGCAACAAGUUGCCAAUAUGUCGUAUCCGCAGCGCAUCGCGAGUGGCACACAAAUUCAUAGGUCGUUCAGGACAAUGGAACAGUCGCAGUAUGUCAAGAGCCUCGGACACUUGCAAUCCCAUCAGCAGCAGCAGCAGCAGCAGCAGCAACAGCAGCAGCAACAGCAGCAACAACAACAGCAACAAAUGCAUCACCACCACCACCAGCAACAUCAGCAGCAGCAACAGCAACAGCAACAGCAGCAACAGCAACAGCAGCAGCAGCAAUCGUCGAGGUCGGCAGCUAGUCCGCUGUCGCCGCCGCGUCCUGGACCGGGCAGCGCGGCGGCCGCAGCUGCGGCGAAUAGCUAUGCCAAGUUUGCGGAUGCGCCGCAACAUUUUAUACAGCCACCGGCGUACAGCAUUGGGAUUGCGCCGGUGGCCAACUAUCAUCGGGAGAGUCCAUAUAUGCGGAUACCUCAGCUGCAGGCAUCGGUGCCGGAGUUUCAGCGUGCGGCGCGUGCAGCGACGGUGGCCGCUGCCGCUGCUGCCGUUGGCGGUGGCAAAAGCGGACCGGGCAACAGCAGCGGCAGCAACAUUGGCGUCGUCUCCUCGGCGGCUGGCCCAGGCAGUGGCAGCGGCGGCGGCGUCGUCCAAGUGGCCGGCAGCAUGGCCCCGCCGGGCGCCCAGCCGGGCGGCGUGCUUGUCAUGGAGGCCAUGUCGCAUUACCAAUCGUUGCACUACAACAACGAAUACCUGACCAAUGCCGCAGCCCUGGCAGCGGCUGGCCAGCGCCAGCAGCAGCAGCAGCAGCAGCAGCAGCAACAGCAACAGCAACAGCAGCAACAUCCGUCGCUGUCUGAACCGCCGGGCAGCGUGGGUCAGCCGUAUAAGAAGCAGCGCUUGAGCGAUGCCAAUGUCAGCAACAUGAAUCACCUGCCACACCAGCAACAGCAGCAGCAGCAACAGCAACAGCAGCAGCAACGCUCUUCGCCCGCUCAGCAACACAACAGUCGGCAGAGCAAUCAUGAGGCGGAGCAGUCGCGGCGCGUGUUGCACAUGUCCGCUGGCUCGGUGCUGACGCCGCUGGGCAUGCAGCAGCUCAAGGUAGAAACGCUGCCACAGCAACAACAGCAGCAGCAGCAACAGCAGCAGCAGCAGCAGCAGCAACAGCAACAGCUGGCGUCGCAGGUGCAUGCAGCACGUGGCUUGGUGCCGCCGCCAACGGCGUCAGCAGCCAAUGCGCAGCUGAUCAGCUUCUCCACGAGCAGCAGCAACAAUGGCAGCAGUAGCAGCAGUGCCCAGGCCGCAGUGGCAGCAGCAGCGGCGGCAGCAGCAGCAGCUGCGGCAGCAAGCAGCACAGAAGCAUACCAUCCACAGGUGGAGGCGAUUUCACCAACGCUGCCUAGCGACAAUGCAGAGGAGCGUGGACGCAGCAGCGCCAAGGAGGAUCUCCUUAUGCAGAUCCAGCGCGUUGACAAUGAAAUCAAAUGCGCCGAGACGGCCAUGGAAACGCUGCGCAAGAAGGAGAAGACGCUGCUGGACGAGGCGGCGACGACGGCGGCCACAGUCAAGCAGCAGAAGGCAGCCGCCGAUCAGGCGGCAGCUGAAAGCGGCAAUGGCCGCUACAUGGAGCUGGGCUGGCGCGCCCAGAUGCUGGCCCAGAGCGUUUACGAGGCGAACCGCAAAACGGCCGCCGCACAACAUUCCCUGGUGAGUGAGGCGGGCGGCACGAAGGGCCAGUCACGCCCCUGGCUGCCGCUCUACAAUCAGCCGCUCGACGUGGAGACCCUGUCGCAGCUGAUAAAGCGCCAUCAGACACUGGUGCGGGCGCCGCUGCUCGUGCACAUACGCAAGCUGAAGGCCGAUCGCUGGGAGUACAAUCAGGGCUUGGUGGAGAAAUAUACGAAGGACCAGGCCGAUUGGCAGCGACGCUGCGAGCGGGCCGAGGGCAGCGCCAAGCGCAAGGCGCGCGAGGCCAAGAAUCGCGAAUUCUUCGAGAAGGUCUUCACGGAGCUGCGCAAGCAGCGCGAGGAUAAGGAGCGCUUCAAUCGCGUCGGCUCGCGCAUCAAAUCCGAGGCAGAUCUCGAGGAGAUCAUGGACGGACUGCAGGAGCAGGCAUUGGAGGACAAGAAGAUGCGCUCCUAUGCCGUCAUUCCGCCGCUAAUGCACGACGCCCGCCAGCGCCGCUGCGCCUACCACAACGAGAACGGCCGCAUCGAGAACAUGAUUGUCGUCCAUGAGGAGCGCAAGGCACUGAAUCUGUGGACGGCCGGCGAAAAGGAGACGUUCAAAGAGAAAUAUUUACAGCAUCCGAAGAACUUUGGCGCUAUCGCCGCUAGCCUGGAUCGCAAAUCGCCGCAGGAUUGCGUACGCUAUUACUACCUCAGCAAGAAGACGGAGAACUACAAGCAGCUGCUACGCAAAUCCCGCCAACGCACACGCAGCAGCCGAAAUCCGGCCAAAGCCCAAGCCCAGCUGCCGCAGUGCAUCAUCGACUCGCUGACGACGGGCGUCACGACACGUCUGCAGCGCGAACAGCAGCAGAAGUCCGGCAAUCGCUCCAGCGCCGUUGCCGAGCGCGAGCGCGCCGAGCGAGCCGCCGAGAGGGAGCGCGUCGCCGAGAAGGCAGCCGCCGAUGCCGCCAAGGCGGCGGAGUGUGCCGCCGAGAAGGCGAGCGCAGUCAGCAAAGCUGCCGAGGCGGCUGCCGGCAGCGAGAAGGUGGCCAAAAGCGCCAGCAUUGCAGCUGCAGCCGCAGCAGCAGCAGCAGCAGCAGCGACAGCGACGCCUUCGUCGUCCUCGUCCUCGUCCUCGUCGUCGUCGUCGUCGUCGUCGUCGGCAACUGCAGCAGCUGCGGACAAAACUGAUGCUGCCAAGGCGCAUGCUGGAGCGAACAAGAAUGCAACAGCUGCCGCAGCAGCAGCAGCAGCUAAAACUGAGAUCUCAACGGGCAGCAGCAGCGACGCCAAAGCCAAAACCGCUGAGGAGGAAGCGCCAGCAACAGCAGCGACUGGAGGAGUCCCGGCAACAGCAGCCACAACCAAUGCAUCAGCGACUGUUGCUGCCGAAGCAGCUGCCGCCACUGUUGCUGCAGCUGCUGUGCCCACGUCCAAAGCAUCCAAGUCGCAGCCAGGCGAUGCCAAGGCAGCCAACGCCGCCAAAGCUGCGGAGCAGGCGGCCGAAACGGACGAGCAGCAGGUCGCCAAGAGCAAAGCAACGGCUGCCGAUGGCUACAGUGCAACUGGCGCCAAUGCAACGUCUGCGGCAACGCCUGCGGCUAGCGUUGCCAUCAAUGGCUUUAAGCCUGGCUAUCAGAGCGUCGUCAUGGCCAACGUUAAGGCGGGCGCGCCCACAUCUGGCGUCGAUGAUGCUGCAACAGGAGCUGCUGCAGCGGCAGCAGCUGCAACGUCGACAAAUGCAACUGGCGAUAAAAUCGUGAAGACGACGUCGACUGCAGCUGGCUUCGCCGUGCCCAAUGCAGCAGCCGCAGCGACAGAGCCGGCGAGCGGUGUGGCAACGCUUACGACGGCCACGACCGCUGGCAACUAUUUGGGCCAGAAGCUGAAGGCGGCGCAAGUGGAGGGACUUGGGGCCGGCAAUGAUCUGCAUGCGGAUGUUAGCGAUGCCAAGAAAAAACGCUUCGAGCUGGCGCCUGACUCAAACGUCGGCGGCAACAACAACAACAAUAACAACAACAGUAGCAACAACAACAACAGCAGCAACAUCAAAGUGAACGAUGCGUCCACCCAAAUCUCGUCCAUUGGCAAAGGCGCAGGCAGCGGCGCCGGCUCCGCCUUAACGCCCGCCUCCUCGUCCUCAUCCUCGUCCUCCUCGUCGUCCUCCUCCUCAUCGGUGAUGUUCAUUAGCGCCGCGUCGCUGAUAUCGACAGCAUCGUCGCCGUUGACGACGGCAACAGGAACCGGAACAGGCACCAGGUCGACGACAACGUCAUCCACGAUGGUCACAGAUCGAGCGGGAAAUUUGCUGAACACCUCCGAGGUGCUGGCAUUGGAUGCCAAAGAUAAACUGGCAAGCUGUUUUGUUUGCAAGGCGGAGGCAUGCCCGCGCACACGCCCAUUGAAGAAGGGGCGUGGCCAGCAAUAUGCAAUUCCAGACGAAACGAUACCAGCGGGCGCACGCGUCUGCAACAGCUGCCAAUGCAAGUCGGUGCGCAACCGCUAUCCCAAUUGUCCGCUGCCCACGUGCCCCAAUCCCAAGGAUCGGGCGCAGCGUUUGAGGAAUAUACCCACACGGCUGUUCGAGUUGGCGCCCGAGUUGCGGGAUCCGUUGAUGGCCGAGUUCCAGAUCAAGUUGCAUGCCACACGCUGCUGUUCCGCCUGCCUGAUGCGCAUACGACGCAAACUCGAUCCGCUGCUGAAUCUCACCGACGAGGACCGACGUCGCAGCGGCGUUGGUGGCGGCGAUGCCAGCGCAGGCGAUGAGACCGACGUGAGCACUUCUUCCUGUGAUGAGCGCGAGCCAGGCGGCUCGGACACUGCAUCCGUGGAAAGCCCCGAGUAUCUGCAGCGGCACAAGUCGCAGUUGAGCAAACAGCAGCAACAGCAACAGCAACAGCAGCAGCAACAGCAGCAGCAACAACAGCAGCAACAGCAGCAGCAGCAGCAACAGCAACAGCAACAUCAGCAACAGCAGCUGCCACAGCAACAACAGCAGCUGCCACAGCCGCCGCCAGCGCCACAAAAGCCGCAACAACAACCCACUGGAGCUGUCAAUGUACGCAGCGUGGCAGAUGCAUCCGGCGCCGCUUUAACCAUUACGCCCACUCGCAUGACCGCCAAGGCGGCAGCAGCAGCAGUUGGUGGCAGCGACAGCGAACGCCUGCUGCCCCCAGCAUGCCAAGCACCGAAGAAGCAGAAGACCAGCGAGGAGUACGACUCCUCAGCGACAGAGACGGCGGAUGAGGAGAAUGAGAAUUCGCCAGCGAAUCGACAGAGUCCCAAAGUGAUCUUCAACGCGGUUUCGCAUGCGCAUGCGCAUCCACCACACGGACAUGGUCAUGGGCAUGGCAACAACAAUGUGGCCGGGCUGCAGCCACCAAAUGCUGCAACGGUAGCAACUGUUGGUCUAACUGCGCAGCAGCAGCAACAGCAGCAGCAGCCGAAUGGACCCAUGAGCCUGCGCCGCGAGCCAGUAAAUGUGCAGGAUUGUGUCUUCUCCGUAAUUGAGCGACAGCUGAAGCAGCAGGCCAAAGGGCCGCAGCUGCCAGGCAACAAUCAGGGCAAGCAAGUCAGCCAGCAGCAGCAGCAACAACAGCAACAACAGCAGCAACAGCAACAACAGCAACAGCAGCAGCAGCAGGCGCACAAUAAUUUGGAACGCAAGGAACUGACCAUAGUGCGUGAAUAUCGACAAGAUGGCAAUGCCUUGCAUAAACAACAGCAGCAGCAGCAACAGCAGCAGCAGCAACAAUUGCAGCAGCAGCAGCAGCAACAGCAGUCAGCGGGCUUGCCGCAUGGCACCUCUGUGCAAAAGUUGAGCUCGCGUGCUGUGCCGCCGCCUAACUCUGUCAACAGUAGCAGCAGCAGCGGCAACAUCAGCAACAGCAGCAGCAACAACAAUGCCAACAGCAACAACAAUAGCAGCAACAAUAGUGACAACUUGGCUACCUUAUCUGUGGUUAAUUCACAUCUUGCCGCGCAUCAUGUGCACAUGUCACAUCCACUGCUGCAGCAGCAGCAGCAGCAGCAACAACAGCAACAGCAGCAACAACAGCAGCAGCAGCAGCAGCAACAGUUGUCGAGCAGCGUGGAUAAGGCUACCAUUACGCCGGUGCUGAAGAAGAGCGCUAUUACGCCGACGCCUCCAGAGACGAUCAUCUAUAAUGUGUCUGGCAGUCAUUUGGCGGCACAGCAGCAACCGCCCACGCAGUCCGCACCGCCGCCAACGCAUACGGUGCAUGCACCGCCGGUGCAGCAGCGUUUGCCACCAGAGCCAGAGCCACAGACGCUUGACUUGAGCAUUAAGAAGACGCCGCGUGAAGGCCACUCGCCACACACCCACCCACUGUCGCACAGUUCUGUGGCCAGCUCUGUGGACCGGCAUCAUGGACCGCCGCCGCCGUCGAUGGGUGGUGCAAUGAAGCACAUUGUGCGCACCUCAUCCAUGUAUCGGGGCGAGGCGACAUUGCCCACUUUGUCUGCUCCGCCGCCUGCCUCCAGCUAUUUGACCUAUCAGCAGCUGCACGGCGUCGGCGUGGGCGUAGGUGUGGGCGUAGGCGUGGUCAAAACAGCACCUGGACCGGCACAGCCGGGCUCGCUGUAUGUGCAACCCGUACCUGUACCACUUGGCCAAAGCCAAAUGACGCGUCCAACGCCACCGCCGCCCGCCCAGCCGCAGCCACCGCCGACUCGGGUCUCCAAGCUGCCGCCCAAGCUCAGUCCGCAGCAGCAGCAACAGCACUUGCACAGUCAGAUGCCAUCGCCGCAGCAACAGCAACAGCAGCAGCAGCAAUCAGCUGCCCAACAGCAGCAGCAGCAGCAACAGCAGCAGCAAUUGCAGCUAGUCAAAGGCGGCUCCAUAACCCACGGCACGCCCGCCAAUAGCGCGCAGCAGCAGCAACAGCAGCAGCAAAUUAUUGUGCAUGCUGCGCCAUCGUCGCUGCCCAGUCCCAAAUACGAGAGUCUCGUGCGUCAAACGCCGCCUGGCAGCUGCCCGGAUACGGGCAAGCACGGCUCCAUUACGCAGGGUACGCCGCUUCACCUGCCCCCACAUCACAUGGACAGCAAGCGGUAUGACUUCUAUAAGAGCUCGCAGCGCUUGAGUCCCGCGCAGGCUCCACCACCGCCACAGCAGUCCUCGCCGCAGGCGCCGCCGCCACAGGGCUAUGGCGUGGGCGUAACCGUCGGAUCGCCUUACUCCCGCUCACCCUACAGUGCGGUCGAGCAGGCCUCGGCGCUCAGCUCGCGGCAGAUUGUGAUCAACGACUACCACACCUCGCAGCAGAUGCAGGGCCAACAGCAGCGCAAUGUGUCCCGUGGCAGCAGCAGUGCUGGCGGUGGCGCCGGCUCUGGAUCUGACAAAGAGUCGCCAUCGCCACGCAACAGCAUCAGCGGCAGCUCCGCUGUCUAUCCGGGCUACGAGAAGGAGCCGCAGCCUCGCGGACGACCCGAAUAUUCCAGUCGCGCCUCACCGGCAGAUCAUUCCAACAGCACACCCAGUCCACAUCGCACGCCGCCGCCGCAGCGGCAAGGCGUCAUUCAGCGCCACAACACAGGCUCGAAGCCGCCUUCGCCCGCUGCGCCGCCCCCAAGUCGCAUGCACAUUGUCAACUACAACUUUCCACCAGCUGGCCACGAUGCUUUGGCCUCGUUCGUGGAUGUGGCCGUGCAGCAGCCGCAGUUGCCGGUGCCGUCGCAGAAGGAUGACAAAUCGCCAGUGCCGCAGCCGGCGCCGCAGCCACAGCCGCCACCAUCGACGCACGGCCAGAUAAUAACGCAUGCGCAAGUGGCAUCCGGACAGGCGGUGCCCCCAGCUGCUCACCAUGAUCUGCGCUAUCGUACCGACUCGCUGGUGGGCUACCAUCAUAUGGCCGCCGCGGUGCAGCAGCAGCUGGUCCAGCAGCAGCAGCAGUACAGGCAGAUGAGUACGGCUGCCGCGUACGAAAUGCAGCGUCGCAUAGAGCAAGGGAAGCGGGACCAGCGCCAGAUCAAUCAUAAUCACAUUGAGCGGGAUCGCGAAAUGCAGAAUCAGCUUCGCAUCGAGCGACAGCGCGAACAGGAGCGACAGCGCCGCGAGCAAGACCGUCGCGAGCAAGAGCGCGCCGAGGAGCGAGAGCGCGAAAGCCGACGUGUGGAGCGCAUGCUGGCCGCAGCCGUUGUGCCUCCGCCCGGCCAUCCCCAUGGACAUGCCCAUAGUGGACACGGUCACUACAUACGUGGUCCGGUGCCCGAAACUGGGCCACCGCGCACCAUACCUGAUCGCGAGCGAGAUGCCUACUAUCGACAGGCACACGGCAGCAAGCCGUCAGAGGAUGCGCCUGGGCAAUUCAGCGCUCAGGCUCUGAUUGAUGCGAUCAUCAAGCACGAAAUUAGUCGGACCGGCGAGCUCAGCAGCCUGCCCCGCGACAUACCGCGUCCCACCUACUAUCAGCGCGACCUGCGGCCGUCACAUGAAGGCGCUGCCGUUUCGCUCAUGGCCGCCGAGAACAAUGGCAAGGCGAAUUCCAGUUCGCCCAAUGUCAACAGCAUUGACCUCGAGCAGGAGCAACCUCCAACUCAGCAGCAGCAGCAACAGCAGCAACAGCAGCAACAGCAACAGCAGCAGCAGCAACAACAGCAGCAACAUCAGCAACAGCAACAGCACCAACAGCAACAGCAAUCGCAGUCUAGCUCGGAACGUUCUGUGCACGGCACGCUACGAGGGCAGGGAGCACCGCCUCCGCAUCAUGGCACGCCCAUUUCGCAGGCGGGCAGCGGAUCCACUGCACAGCAGCAGAUGUACACGAAGAAAAUCACGUUCGGGGAGCUGGCAGACACGAUAAUUGCAAACGACUACAGGCCGACUCCGCAUUUGCGGACCGCCUUCUUGCCCUAUCUGCAGGAGACGCAGGCCAUAGUGACGCCCGAUCGCUGGAAGCAGAAUCGCCGCCAGCAGCAGAAGGCCGAGGAGGCAGUCGCUGCUGCGGCGGCCGCUGAGCGUCGGCGGCGGCAGCAGCAGCGACGGCGGCAGCAGCAGCGGCAGCAGUGGCAUCGGCAGCAUCGGCAGCAUAGCAGCGCUGGCGGCGGCCCAUUGCCAGGCAGCGGCGGUCGUGCCAAUACGCCUGGCGAGGAUGCACGCAACAUCAUUCGCAUGCCCCAAGCGGUCAGUCCACGCAAGUAUGCCCACGAUUUGAUCAUGCAACAGGCCGCCGUUGCUGUUGGCGCCGAUCCCACACACUAUUUCCUUGCUGCGCCACCCGGCGCUGUGGUUGGACGCAGCAGUGGUGGUGGUGGUGUUGUUGUUCCGCCGCCUCCUCAAUCGAGCGGAGGCGGCGAAGCGCGUGGCAUUAGCGAACCGCGUGUCGGCAGCGAGCAGCGCAGCAGCAGCGGCGGCGGGGGCAGCGGCUCGGGCUCCAAUUUCGACAACUAUGUGAAGAAUCGCAUUGUGGAGGCCAUGCGCCAUGAUACUGGCUACGUGAAGAAUCGCAAUGCAGAGGAGCACCUGCACGCCCAGGUGGCGCACAUGGCACACGCCCAUGCCGUCGCAGUGGCGGCCCACAAUGAACAGCAGCAGCAGCAGCAUAGAAGUAAAGAGCCAGAGAUCAGCGUCUCAAGGAAGACACCCAACCAGUACGAGGUGGUGGACAGUGGAAGGCGCUCGGCGAGCAGCUCUAGCGGUGGCACGAACAGUCAUCAUGCGUCCGCUUAUCACGCGGCACCGCCACCGCCGCCGUCGGCGGUGAAUGCUUUUGCAGCGAGCACCUAUGCGUAUCCCUUUAGCGCGCUGAAUGUGCCGGGUGCUGCUGGCCCUUUACCACCGCCUACGGUGCUGCCACUGGCCCAUCAGUCGGCGCCGCCGAGCCAUUUGAGCGCCAAGGCGGCGGCGCAUGCGCUGAGCGAAGCGAGCGCCGCAGCAGCAGCGGGCGUCAGCUUAGUCGUGGGCGGUGGCGGCAGCAGCAGCGGCGCUUCAUCUAACGCAGGUGUAUGCACCUCACCUGGCGGCGGCGGCGGCGGUGGCAACGGUGGUCCGUUGAAUGCCAGCGUGUUGGCCGUCGCUGCGGCAGCCGCAGCAGCGGCAGCUGCAGCCAGCGAACCAAAGCCUCUGCUGUCAUCGAAGUACGAGGCGCUUAGCGACGAAGAUUAGUUGUGACUGCAGGCGUCGUCGU